AUGUCCGGCGAGAAUUCGUUACCAUUUUUUCAUGGUGCUUUAUUGGAUGAUGACGUCGAUAAACUGCUAGAAUUAAAUGGUGAUUUUUUAUUACAAACCAAAUUUGAACAAAGUAAAAAAAAAAGCAAAUUGGUAUUGGCUAUUAAGCACGGACAACGAACAAUAAGAGUACCAAUUUCACGACUGGAAAAAGGAUAUCGCAUAUUUGGACGUUCAUUCCCAACAAUGAAUACAUUAAUAAAAUAUUAUCAAGAACAUAACAUCGAAAUGCAUGGGACUGAUUCCUUGUUCUUGAAGAGACCAAUAAAGAAAGGAAGAUUUGAGCUGAACCAUUCCGAUAUUAAAAUUAUGAAAAAGAUUGGUUAUGGAGCAUAUGGUACGGUAUAUAAAGGUGUAUUACUAAAAAAUCUUUGUCCGGUAGCAAUCAAACGGAUCGAUUGUGCAGACAAAUCCGAGCAGGCCUUAAUUGACCUAAUGAAAGAGGCACGCGUGAUGCAAUUAUAUGAUCAUAUCAAUGAUGGAUCGGUAGAAGAUAAAUUGAGGCAAUAUGGUCAUCAUUUAAGUGUUGAUUCACGUAUUGAUAUAUCAUGUCAAAUUGCGCGUGGUCUCGAAUACCUUCAUAUGAAAGGUUGCAUUCAUCGAGAUAUUGCUACACGCAAUUGUCUUCUUAAUGGUGCGGUUGUUAAGUUAGCUGAUUUCGGGAUGUGUCGAGCAACGCUUGUUUAUAAAAUUGACCUCUCGAAACCACAAAACGUUCGCUGGCUUGCACCUGAGGUAUGGCGUUCUGGUGAGACGCGAUUCUGCACAGAUAUUUAUGCAUUUGCAAUAACACUUUGGGAAUUGUUUACAAUACCGUAUACUCAUCCAUACAGCACAUGGAAAGCGUAUAAAGUUAAGGAAAAGGUAAUGGCUGGUUAUCGAUUACCAAGUCCAAAUGAUAUGCCGGAAUCGAUGAUAACACUGAUGCGACGAUGUUGGGAUCACGAUCCUUCAAAACGACCUACAGCUAAGCAAGCACGAGAAUAUUUGGAAGACAUUUAUCGAACUUUUGUUGCUGAAAAAUCUUCUGGUCUUAGUGCGCGUCCAGCAAUGCUAACUUCGCACAGCGACAAGUUGUUUUCGUCAAAUGAAGAGAUUUCGCCAAAAUCAAUCAGCGAAACGAUGCAAUCACGUGAUUCAGAG